UGGAGUUGGGGGGGGGGGGGGUCAGCCAUGUUGGAAUGUCUCGCCUGUUGAGUCGGCGGGGGAGGCCAGACGUCGGUGCGUAGGCAGACUAGCAGCUGCUAGCGGGAUAAAGAGACCUUUUUCCGGACUCUUCUGAAAGGCUCUCUCCCGAGCCUGCCGCUCUGCUGAGUGGACUCUUCUUCCCGGGGCGCGAGGCUGGACCUUCACUCCAAUGGCAUGGGCCAAGUUCUUCAGGAAACCGGGGGGCAAUCUGGGGAAGUCCUACCAGCCCGGGAGCAUGCUGUCCCUGGCCCCCACCAAGGGCCUGCUCAACGAGCCUGGGCAGAACAGCUGCUUCCUCAACAGUGCUGUACAGGUGCUGUGGCAGCUGGAUAUUUUUAGGCGGAGCCUCAGACAGCUUCCCGGUCACAUCUGCCAUGGGGAGGAAUGCAUCUUCUGCGCACUGAAGAGCAUCUUCACGCAGUUCCAGGACAGCAGAGAGAGGGCGCUGCCCUCAGACAACCUGCGCCACGCCCUGGCCGAGACCUUCAAGGACGAGCAGCGCUUCCAGCUGGGCUACAUGGACGACGCGGCCGAGUGCUUCGAGAACAUUCUGUUACGGAUUCACCUCCACACUGUGUUUGACGUGGAGAGCGACAGCUGCACGUCCAAGUCCUGCAUCACCCACCAGAAGUUCGCCAUGACGCUCUACGAGCAGUCCGUGUGCCGAAGCUGUGGUGCCUCUUCCGACCCUCUCCCGUUCACAGAGCUGGUGCACUACGUCUCCACAACUGCCCUCUGCCAACAGGUGGAGCGCGUGCUGGACAGGAACGAAAAGCUGCGGUACGACACGUUCGGGGAGCUGCUGCGGGACGCGAACACCAGCGGGGACCUCAGGAACUGUCCGAGUAAUUGCGGGCAGCGAAUCCGGAUCCGUCGGGUGCUGAUGAACUGCCCGGAGAUCGUCACCAUCGGCCUGGUGUGGGACGCCGAGCAGUCGGACCUCACGGAGGACAUCAUCCGCUCCCUGGGAGAGCAUCUCAACCUCUCUGGGCUCUUCUACAGGGUCACGGACGAGAACGCCAAGAAGAGCGACCUUAACCUGGUGGGCAUGAUCUGCUACUCCAGCCGACACUAUUGCACCUUCGCCUACCACAACAGAACUUCCAAAUGGAUCUUCUUCGACGACGCCACUGUGAAAGAGGUCGGCUCGAAAUGGAAGGACGUGGUGAUCAAGUGCAUACGCGGCCAUUUCCAACCGCUCCUGCUGUUCUACGCCAACCCCGACGGGGGCGCCGUCUCCAUGGAGGAUGCGCCGAGACAGACCACCAUGCUGUCCGACGGCAGGCCGCCGGUGAACGGAGACGCCGGAGUGCCCGAUAGUCCGGUUUCCGGGACCACGAAACUGGACCUGACCCGGGAGAAUGUGGCGGCCUUCCUGUCCAGCCAGAGCAGCUUCAAGCAGGGCCCGCCGGUCCCCACCCCGGGGGGGUUCAGCCGGGGGAGUGUGCAGACCAGCGGUGGACGGGGGCCAGUGAAAAUCUUCCCCAGCGAUCCGAAGGGGCGUCUCCGGGAGAUCUCCAGGGAGUGCGCGCAGAGAGCUGUCCACCUGCCCAGGAGGGACCAGGAGAGGGGCCAGAGAAAGCAGGACACCCUGCGACACAGAGACCCAGCGCAGGAGAGGACGUACUCCAGGUCCGUCUCCCCGCCGGAGAACGGCUUCAAGCAGCACGUGGAGCAGCGGCUGUACAGCAGCCAGGGGAAGGGCCCAAUCCGAGCGGAGAGGCUGCCCCCCCAGACCGCCAGGGCGCCGCCCCCCGAGCCCCGCCCUCCCUCCCGGGUGCAGGUGCUGCCCAUCGGCCACGCCCGCCACCUCGACGUCCCCAACGGCUACGACACGGACAGCAGCCAGAGCUCACGGGGGGACGCCGCCAGCAGCCGCAGCGGCCGGUCCCGGGCCUGGAAGCCCAGGCGCGAGACCCUGAACGUGGACAGCGUGCUCGGAGGCCUGGACCGCCACCAGACCUCCGGCCAGGAGAGGGCGCCGUUCGACAGGGAGCGGGAGCGUGAGCGAGAGAGGGAACGCGAGCGGGAGUGGGAGCGGGAGAGAGAGAGGGAGAGGGAGAGGGAGCGCGAGCGGGCGUGGCCUAAGGAGGACCGGCGGCAGAAGAGCCUGAUGACCAUCUACGAGGACGAGCUGAAGCAGGAGAGCGGCAGCCGCAGCUCCCUGGAGUCCGACGGACGGGGCGACCGGGAGAGGACUAAGGGCGGGGCCGGCCACAAGAGCCAGCGCGCGGAGUCCGGGUACGAGAGCAGCGACAGGGUCAGCAACGGCUCGGCCAAUCCCGACUCUCCGGUCGUGGAGGCGCUGAGGCGCAUUCCUGAAGUGCAGCCGUCGAGGGACCAGCUCCAUCAGGGCAGACGCGAUGACUCCAGGGCGGACAUCUUGCACUCGGCCUUCUACUACGAGCAAGAAAUGAAAUCUCAGAAUGGCCAGGAUGCCCGCCACCUCAUGCAUAGUCCAAGUUUACAAAGGCGGAGCGCCUUCAGAUACAGCCCCAGGAAUUCUGAGGAGCGGGACGUCACCGAGGAGGACUCCCUUCCUCCGGCGGCGAAUGGGCGGGGCCUCCGUAACGGCGCCCCGCCCCCACGGUACCCGAACGCCGCGCCCGGCGGCUCCGAGUGGAGCGGCUCCGAUGACCUCGCUGGCCCCGCCUCCGAGCGGGAGGACAGCCCCAGCCCCGCCCCCCGCGUGCCGGACGAGCCCCUGUACCAGAACCUGGGGCCCCCGCUACCUCCCAAAACGUACGCACAGAGAACAAACGCGCGGCCCGAGCACCCUGGGGCCGCCGGCCUCCGCGCGCGACAGCCCCAGGGGCCGUCCCAGUACAGCCCCCGCCCCCCGCCCAAAGUCCCGCCCAACUCCGGCAGGAGGGAACUCUCCUCGGACAGCAGCUCCAAGUCGGGCUCCUCGGACCAGGAGAGGACGGACCUGUCGGCCAGCGAGGGGGAGGGGCCACCGGAGAGGGUCCAGCCCACCACCUACUUCUCGGUGGAUGGCUGCAUGACGGACUCGUACAGGACCAGGUUCCACCACCAGCGGCCGCACAGGUACCAGGGAGCCGACGCCCGAGCAGGGGACGGGACGUCCUCAGGGGAGAGCGAGAUCGGGGACACCGCACCCCCAAAUCCUGGGGAACCCCUGUCCUCCAAACAGCCCAGGAACAGAGUGGAGACAGGUAGCUCAGCCAGUAAAGCUACUGCAAUAUGGCGUCCAGUGGCAAUGUCAACAUUGGAUGAACAUGGAUAUUUAUGAAAAAGUCUGCCCCCUGUUGAGCCUGAUUUGAGAUUGAAAAUCAGAUUUGGAUGCCAAAUAUGAACUUCACUUGAAAUGGAUUGAUCCCACAAGCUACCGGUCUACUCUGUUUAAAAAAUAAAUGAAAAAGGACUUGCAACACCUAGUUACAACAUUUGAACCUUUUCAAUAUGUACCACUAGAUGGCAGUCUAUAUCUUUGUACAUUUGCACAGUUGAGAGCCAAAAAUGAGGAGAUUCAAACCCAAAAUAAUUUUUACCAUUGUUUUUAGUGUCAUAUUAACUUUUAGUGAAUUAACUGCCAUGGGCUUGGAUUGCUCAAGUGUACAUUCUUAUUUUUUCACAUAUUUUGAGACAGACAAUGACUCCAAAUAACAAUCAAUAUUAGUGACACAGCUUUCCAAGGUCAAUUCUACCACCAAAUUCAAGGAAAGCUUGUAUUUUAAUAUUUUGAAUGUGUACUCCGAUUUCACUGUCAAGUGAUAGUCAGACCAGUCCUAUUUUAUGCACCAAAAUAGUGCGUUUAGAAUCAAGAAGUUGAGGAAAUGUUUUCUCUCGACAAGAAUCACUGUUGAGCCUCCUCCAAGUCAUCGUGGUAACAUUGAUUAUCGCAUAUGGAACUCCAGGGUGAGACGUGAAAGCCCUCCAUUUUCUCUGGUUAUUUUGCCUACAAGACGUGGAAAGGAACCAAUCAGGAGUUGCACAGUGCCUUGGAAGCAGCUUUUGGUGAACACUUAACUACUGUGUGGCCUGCUGACAUUAAGUACAUAUUAGUGUUUAGGCUAUGGAUACCAUAAAUAUGCACUCACUCCUGGGCCCGCACCGCAAUCUGCUUCAGUUCGGAGUUCAAGGUCAAUUUAAGAAGUUCAGGUUUAAUUUAAUGGUCUUAUACUGUACAUCACCAUCCACAAGUCUGAACUCCUGUUUUUUUUAGCUGCCUUCUGAAUUCUGCAUGCAACUGCUGGUCAUUCCCAAUCGCUCGUUUUGCCUUCUGUUUGCUUUUUUGUGAACAAAUUCGUUUUCGCGUGAUUACGGUUCCAACCGAUUUUCUGACACUUUAAGCAGGUUCUUCCUUCCAAAACAGGAAGUGUGUUACAUGUUCGACCUCUCGAUGAGCUUUCUCUAUUUUGCUUGUAUUUUGGCACGAGCUUCACUUGUCUUCCUGUAUUAAUUUCUCCAUGUAAACGCAUGCCUGUUAAAUAAGCUUUGUUUGGUUGCCAGUGCGCACGGAGACCCUGGGACGACUUAAAAGUCUUAAAUCAGGAGGAAAGAAUAGUUUACCUGUUUCUUCUGCAGAUUAACAGCGUUUCGUCAUAUGAAAUUAUCAUUACGUUGCAUAAAAUGUAUCUGGAAUACUCUUUAGUGAUAUUUUUUUGCUGUAAAUUCCCAUCCUUUUUUCUUGUUCUUAAAAUGAAGGUUUAUAUAUUUCUGAGCAGAAGCUACUGCAGUGCCUUUCUAUUUUUCUAUGUAAAGUGUAAUGGCUUAAAAUUGAGUCAUGAUUUGUACAAUAUGUAAUUUUUUGGAGAUGCUUUUAUAACAUCCAUGUUCAUUUUUAUCAAUUAACAUUUGUUUAAUAAACUUUGAUUUUAUUUCAACA